AUGGAGAAACAGAUACUCGGAAGGGUUUAUCACGCGCGUAACAUACGGACGGGAGAGAGCGUCGCCAUCAAGGUUGUGAGCAAGCAAAAGGUGGCCAAGGGAAACCUCGCGGCGCACGUUAAGCGAGAGAUUUCUAUCAUGCACCGGCUUCGUCACCCUAACAUCGUGAAGCUCUUCGAGGUGCUCGCCACCAAGAGCAAGAUCUAUUUCGUGUUGGAGUUCGCCAAGGGUGGCGAGCUAUUCACCAAGGUCUGUAAAGGUCGAUUCAGCGAGGAUCUCAGCCGUCGAUAUUUCCAGCAGCUCAUCUCCGCCAUCGGAUUCUGCCACUCCCAUGGCGUAUUCCACCGCGAUCUCAAGCCCGAGAACCUCCUUCUCGACGAAAAUUGGGACCUCAAGGUCUCCGAUUUUGGCCUCAGCGCCCUCACAGAUCAAAUCCUACCCGACGGCAUGCUGCACACCUUAUGCGGCACCCCUGCCUAUGUCGCUCCCGAGAUCCUCGCUAAGAACGGCUACGAUGGUGCCAAGGUCGAUAUCUGGUCCUGCGGAGUCAUUUUGUACGUUUUCAACGCCGGAUAUCUUCCUUUCAACGACACAAAUCUUAUGGUCAUGUAUCGCAAAAUUUACAAAGGUGAGUUUCGCGUCCCUAAAUGGACCUCUCCUGAUCUUGACUGCUUGCUCUCUCGCCUCCUCGACACGAAUCCGGAGACAAGGAUCACAGUCGACGAGAUCCUCCGUGAUCCCUGGUUCAAGAUUGGGUACAAGGAGAGGCAGUUCCAUUCAGACGAUCUGGAUUUGGUAGAACCUACAGACUCCAUAUAUCUAAACGCAUUCGACAUAAUUUCCUUCUCCUCCGGUUUUGAUCUCUCCGGCUUGCUCAACAGCGGCAGAUCAGAAUUUCACGACCGAUUCGUCUCCGGCGAGACACCUGAGAGGAUAGUGGAAAAGAUGGAGGAGGUGGCGAAACAGGAGAAUUUGAAAGUUACGAAGAAAAAAGAAUGGGGUCUGAAAAUGGAGGGACAGAACGGUAAUUGCAUAGCCGUUAUAGAAAUACACAGGUUAACGGAAGGGCUGGUAGUGGUGGAGACGAGAAAGAGAGAGACGGAGGCAGGACGUACUGGGGGAGAUAUAUGGAAAGACAAGGUUAGGCCACAGCUUCGUAGUUUGAUUUAUGAACCGGAAGAGCAGGUCUCCGGUGAUUCCAACAACUAACAGUUUAGUGUUCAAAUUGGCCGGGGUCCCAGUCCCUCAAGACAUUGUAACUGAAACAGAAAGAAG